GGAGCCGGGUCGCGGCUGUCAUGGACGCUUGGGUCCGCUUCAGUGCCCAGAGCCAGGCCCGGGAGCGGCUGUGCAGGGCUGCUCAGUAUGCCUGUGCGCUGCUUGGCCACGCGCUGCAGAGACACGGGGCCAGUCCCGAGUUGCAGAAGCAGAUUCGACAAUUGGAGGGCCAUUUGAGUCUUGGGAGAAAACUCCUACGCCUGGGAAACUCAGCAGAUGCCCUCGAGUCGGCGAAACGAGCUGUGCACCUCUCGGAUGUUGUCCUGAGGUUCUGCAUUACUGUCAGUCACCUCAACAGAGCCCUGUACUUCGCCUGUGACAAUGUGCUGUGGGCUGGGAAGUCUGGACUGGCUCCCCGUGUGGAUCAGGAGAAGUGGGCCCAACGCUCCUUCAGGUACUAUCUCUUUUCCCUCAUCAUGAACUUGAGCCGGGAUGCCUAUGAGAUUCGCCUCCUGAUGGAACAAGAGUCUUCAGCUUGUAUCCGGCGGUCAAAGGGUUCUGGGGGAGGAGUCCCAGAAGCAAUUGAAAUUGGGAGUCCUCAGGGACCAGGGACUCCAGGAGGAGGCCUGCCCCAACUGGCUGUGAAGCUGCGGCUGCGAGUCCUGCUCCUGGUGCAGGUCCUUCGAGGUCAUCCCCCGCUUCUGCUGGAUGUGGUCAGAAACGCCUGCGAUCUCUUCAUUCCACUGGACAAACUAGGCCUCUGGCGCUGUGGGCCUGGUAUUGUGGGGUUUUGUGGCCUCGUGUCCUCUAUCCUGUCCAUUCUCACCCUCAUCUGCCCCUGGCUACGACUCAAGCCCUGACACACUGGUGCAAGGUUAGGAGGAGGUCUGAAUUGGCAAGAGAGCAUCUUAGAUGAGCCCUGUUGUACCAACCAGCCUGGUUCUAACUCUGCUCCUCGGUCGAAGUUAAAAUCCAGAGAUCGGAAAGUGGAGGGAGACCCGUUGGGGAUGGUGAGGUGAGAGAAGUUGACUCCUGAAGUAGAUGAUUCUGAUACCCAAACCUGCCUGAACUUUUGUUCUUUUCCUCCUGUAUUAUAAUUGUCGGUUUCUCUUUGAUUUAAGAUUCUCUGUGUAUGCAUCUCUCGUCUGCCUUCUCCAUCUGCUGCUUAGGAAUUUAAUCAGCAGUGGCAGGUCCUCUUGGGGGGAGGCAGUGAGGGAAGGUUUGAUCUGUAAGAUUCUAACUGCCUUUGUUUUCUCACAGAGGUGGCUUUUAGUAGACUCUCCCCCAAUCUCUGUCCAAAAGUUGCCCGGCACCCCCUCUUCACCUCUCACGUCUACCUCACCUGCCUCACUUGUGACUUGGCCUUGAUCCUUCAAUUGAAUCACACCGACAGAUUUCUGCUUCCACUUUGAUUUCAGAGAUCCGUUCUCCAGUGUGUCCUUACCUGUUCUUUGCCUAUUCAGAAUGGCGCUGCACCGAGCAUCCUGCUGUACAUACUGUACAGUGAAUCUGUGUGAAUAGCCAUGGCUCGUGCACAAGACAGAGAGCAAACCUUCCAAGUCAGCGAAUUAAAGUCCAGUUUGCCCAUCGCCA